AUGCCUCCUAAAAGGCGAACCAUUACGCUAAAUGAAAAGCCAGCCAGCAGUGGCACGCCAACCCUGAAAGUCAAGAGGAAGUCCGGUUUGGAGAAAUUGCGUAAAUUGUCCAAGCAUCCCGUGACGAGCACCAUGGUGUCAGAAGCGCUUAAAAAGCUCGACUCCAGAAAGGGGGUCUCCAAACAGGCAAUCCUGAACUUCAUCAAACUUAAUUACCCGGCCGCGGACCCCUCUCGCCUCAACUACCAUGUCCGGAAAGCCCUAUUGAAAGGCCUGGAGAACGGCACCUUGGUUCGGCCUGCUAACUCCACUGUCACCUCGGGGCUUAACGGCAAAUUUCGGCUUGCAAAAACCAAGGAGACCAAAGCAAAAGCAGAGAAUGUGGAUCCAAAUGUGGAAAAGGCUCCAAAGAAACCAAAGACUAAAGCUGUUGGCACAAAGAAAACUGCAGCGGAGGAACCGAAAUCUCCAAAGAAAGAGGCUACAAAGGUUUCAAAGAAAUCCAAAAAAGAAGCUCCCCCCUCCAAGGUGGCGCCAGCAAAAAAGCUGAAAGCUAGUAUGGCUGCUGAGGCUGUUGACCUUGAAGAGAAUGUGAAGACUAAAGUGAAGCCCAAAGAGGUGGAGGCUGCAGAGAAGACUAAGCCCAAACCUAAGGCGGCCAAGAGUAAAGCUGAAAAAGAACCUGCACCGAAAGCUGCUGCUAAAAGAGGGAAGAGGAAGGAUAUAGAGUGA